AUGUGUGACGGUAAAAUCGACUGUCCGGAUCACAGUGAUGAACAACAUCAUAUUUGUAUGAAACGUAACUCUGUUAAUAAACUGCAAACACAAGAGAUAAAUGUUGGAUUGAAGUGCCCUCAACCAUGGUUUAGAUGCGUAGAUUCCAGUUCAUGCAUAGCUCCGCACAAAAAGCGAACUUUUCAAAGAAACAUACACGACCAUACCGACACAUACAUAACAUCUCGGAUGAAGGAGAGAGGGGGCGUCCCACUUUCGAUUUUCACGAUGACCGCCGAAGAGAAUCACGGAUUCUGUCAUUCCUUUUUGAUAUUUCGGCGCUCUUAUCACUCCAGUUCCUAG